AGGAAGCAACAACCCCAGCCCGCCUGGGCACGCUGCUCUGGGUGCGCUCGGAUGCAGCCGCCCCGAGCUCGCGCCUACUCGUCCGCGCGCCGCUCGCCCUCCGCCCCGAGCGCUGCUCGUCUCCGGAGCCGGCCGUGCGCCGGGCGCGCGUGGGGAGCCGGGGCGGGCUGGGGUGGAGCCGCAGCGCCCCGCAAACUUUGGGCGGCGGAGCGCGCGCGCCGAAGCCCCGUGGCGCGGGAUGGGGGCGGCGAGGCUAUGUGCCCCGGGUCCCCACGCGUGCCUGGCUACCAGCCCGGGGACCCCCGCGCCGCCUCUGCCCGCGCCCCGGGCCCCGCAACCUCGCAGCCCCGCAGCCGCCCGCGCGCGCUAGCCCACCGCAGCCUCCCAGCCGGAGUCCUCAGAGCGCUCUCCAUGCUUGGGGACGCAACACCGGAGACCCCCCUUGUGGAGUGAAAUUCAAUUCACGAGCCAGUCCUCAGCGCAGUCGAAAGACUGAGGUGAGCCUCGGCCUGCGCUGCGGGACCCCGGAGCCUGAGCGGCCUGGCUAUGGACCUGUGGGGACCCGGCACAGGGCGGCCCUGCUGCUCGGGUCCCUAGCCAGAUGCGUCUUGGUCAUCCAGCUCAGCUUCUCUUCUCCGGGGAUCUGGCGACAUCCCUUCUUCAGCCAGAGGACACCACGGAGGAGCAGAGGACCCGCGCUCCAAGUCUCCAGGAUGUGCCCAUCUGAGAUGGGGACUCUGUGGUACCUCUGGUCUCCCGUGCUCAUCAGCCUAGCUGCCCUUUUCUCCAAAGUGACGGAAGGCCGAGGGAUCCUGGAGAGCAUUCAGCGGUUCUCACUACUGCCUACCUACCUCCCGGUCACCUACCAUAUCAACAAUGCGGAUGUCUCCUUCUUCCUGAAGGAGGCCAACCAGGACAUCAUGCGCAACUCCAGCCUGCAGUCGCGGGUCGAGUCCUUCCUGAUCUACAAAUCUAGGCGACUGCCGGUGCUCAACGCCAGCUACGGGCCCUUCUCACUCGAGCAGGUAGUGCCCCAGGAUUUGAUGUUGCCUUCCAACCCAUUUGGAUUCACUAACACAUUCUCCCUCAACUGGAGGCUGAAGGCCUACAUCCUGCAGGAGAAAGUCUACCUGAGCCAUCCCAAAGUGCAGGUGCUCUUCCACAUCGUGGGUCGAGACUGGGAUGACCACAGGGACGAGAACUUGCCUUGCCUGCGGGUCUUUGCGUUCAGAGAGACUCGAGAGGUUCGAGGCAGCUGCCGUUUGGGUGGAGCCCUGGGACUGUGCGUGGCCCAGCUGGAGAUGCUGCCGGGCUGGUUCAGUCCACCAUCAGUGGUAUCUGGGCGCAGGAGGCCCACGGAGCAGCCAGAGGGGAAUCCCGUGGAACUGUAUUAUGCUGUACAGCCAGGGGAUGAGCGAGGCGACUGUGCCAAGGAGGAUUCGAGGAAGAGCGGUGGUACUCCAGCAGGCCACAAUGAUGUUGAUGAAUCCAGUCCCCCUUUGCAUAGAAUUGGGAGCGUCUUCCUUCGGGAGACCCCCAGCAGUCCACCUUUGAAGGAACUGCGUUUGGAUAGCAAUGUGGCUGUUCAUUAUGUCCCUAAGACUGUGCGGCAAGGAGAUGUACUCACCUUCCCUAUCUCUGUCUCCAGGAACUGCACGGAGGAUCGCUUCACACUGAGGGCCAAGGUUAAGAAAGGAGUGAGCAUUGUUGGGGUGAGAGCCAGCAGCUCUUCAAUCUGGGAUGUCAGACAGAGCACUGAGUACACUGGGAAAUAUGCUCCGGCCGUCAUCGUUUGUCAGAAGAAAUCUGCUGGCUCCGAAAAGAGUGUGGCUGAUGCCUCCUAUGAAGUCAUGAAGAUUGAUAUCGAGGUCGAAGCACCCAGUGACCCACCCACCACACAGCUGGUCACGUGGCAGGUUGAAUACCCAGGAGAGAUCACCUCUGACCUGGGAGUGUCCAAGAUCUAUGUGAGCCAAAAGGACUUGAUUGAAGUCAUACCACUAGCCAUGGAGGCAGAGAUCCUGAACACAGCCAUCCUCACUGGAAAGACGGUGGCUGUCCCUGUGAAGGUGAUCUCUGUGGAGGAAGAUGGCACAGUACAAGGUCUUUUGGACUCAGUGGAGUGCAGGUCAUCUGACGAAGACGUGGUUAAGGUUUCUGACAGAUGUGACUAUGUCUUUGUCAAUGGGAAAGAAAUGAAGGGCAAGGUGAACGUGGUAGUCAGCUUCACCUACCAGCACCUGAGCAGCCCCCUGGAGAUGACAGUGUGGGUACCACGGCUACCUCUGCAGAUUGAGGUCUCAGACAUGGAGUUGAACCAGAUCAAGGGCUGGCGGGUCCCCAUUGUCUCCAACAAAAGGCCAGCUCGGGACAGUGAGGAGGAAGAUGAUGAUGAGAAGAAGGGCCGAGGCUGCACCCUUCAGUACCAGCAUGCCAUGGUGCGAGUCUUGACCCAAUUUGUGGCUGAGGCGCCUGAUCCCGGGGGACACCUGGCCUACCUGCUGGGCUCUGACUGGCAGGUGGACAUCACGGAGCUGAUAACUGACUUCAUGCAGGUAGAGGAGCCCAGGAUUGCUAAGCUGCAAGGAGGGCAGAUCCUGACUGGCCAGGAGCUGGGCAUGACCACUAUUCAGAUCCUGUCCCCUCUGUCGGAUGCCAUCCUUGCCGAGAAGACCAUCACUGUACUGGAUGAGAAGGUGACCAUCACAGACCUCGGGGUCCAGCUGGUAACAGGGCUCUCGCUAUCCCUGCAGCUCAGCCCCGGGAGCAACAGAGCCAUCUUUGCCACUGCCAUGGCUCAGGAACUUCUGCAGAGGCCCAAACAGGAAGCAGCCAUCAGCUGCUGGGUGCAGUUCAGCGACGGCUCUGUCACACCCUUGGACAUUUAUGAUGAGAAGGACUUCUCCCUGAUGGCUACAUCCUUGGAUGAGAAGGUUGUCUCCAUCCUCCAGGACCCCAAAUUCAAGUGGCCUAUCAUUGCUGCAGAAAACGAAGGACAGGGGGCCCUGGUCAAGGUUGAGAUGCUCAUCAGUGAAUCUUGCCAGAAGUCUAAGCGGAAGAGCGUGCUGGCUGUGGGAACAGCCAGCAUCAAGGUUAAAUUUGGACAGAAUGAUGCAAACCCCAACAGCAGUGAGAGUGGACACCUUGGGGCUGGGCUUCAUGUAGAGAAUAUCAAUGACAGGAGGUCCAAAAAGCCUUUUCAGGAAUGGGGGAGCCCCGAGGGGCCAUUCUACAGCAGCUCAUCCAUGGGGCUCAUGGAGGGAUGGGGCAGUACCACCAAGAGGCCAACUUUCCAGAAGAAGGAAGGCCAGGAAAACCUGUUAGAUGACAUCAUCCUCUCUCAGACCAUGGCCACAGACCUCACCAGCUUCCCAGACCAAAUGGACCUCCCCGGGAGCAAUGUGGGCACUGAGGAACAUGACCUUGAUCAGGCAGCCAAGGGGCUGAGUGACCUCGAAAUUGGCAUGUAUGCUCUGCUGGGUGUCUUCUGCCUGGCUAUCUUGGUGUUCUUAAUUAACUGUGUGACUUUUGCCCUGAAGUACAGGCACAAGCAGGUUCCCUUUGAGGAGCAAGAAGGUCUGAGUCACUCUCACGACUGGGUUGGGCUGAGCAACCGGACAGAGCUGUUGGGGAACCAUAUGAACUUCGCCUCCUCCCAAGAGGAGCAGAUCACUGCCAUUGACAGGGGUCUGGACUUUGAGGAGAGCAAACUCCUUCUCAGCUCAAACUCUCAGAACAGCAUCAAUGGACAGAUGUUCAGGUCCACAGGAGCCAUGCUCACAGACGACCAAGAACAGAAAAGCGAACCCCCUACCUCCCCUACCUCCAAAAGGAAAAGAGUGACAUUUUCCACAUUCUCGGCCAUCUCCUCAGACGAUGGGUGUCCUUCUGGGAACACCAUGGUGUUGAGUAAUGAGGAUGACAUUAAGUGGGUCUGCCAGGGCCUGGAUCCUGGCGAGUGCACAGAACCUCACAGUUGCAUGGAGAGGUUACACGAGCACGUAUAACGGGGACACCAAUGUUGUUCUUACCUUUCAGCCUUUAACCCACUUGGGUAUGGGGAGUAGGCACGUACCCAGGGGAGAAAUGAGACAAGAGGACACCACAAGGGCAGCACUGUCCACAGAACCCUGGGAAAUGAUCCCCUGUUAGCUGGGGAGGGCCAGAGUCAUGGUAUCCAUGCACUUGCCAGUGAAUGAUGCUUUGGUUCAACUUAGGAGGUUUAGUAUGCAUGGCAAGAUGUUGUCAAACCUGGAACAAAGAUGCGCGUUUAAGGGU